ACAACAUGGUCGCACGAAGUUUUGUUGAUACUGAUACAAAACGCAGUCACCGCGUUGAGUUUUGAGCAUGUUUCCGUGAAUAUUUCAUCAAUCUCUUCGCGAAUACUCGCAAACAAAUAUCAUGAAAUGAGUGACUUUGAGUCAAUCCACAGAUUAGAAGGAGUCGAGAACGAAGUAGGUGGUCUUAUCAAAAAGAAGAAGUCUGACCAUGAGUUCAGAGCGCCCGCCGAGAGGAAAUCGAUCUUGGGUCUCGAUGUCCUGGCUGCGGCUAAACGAAAACAGAAGGCAGAACAAGAGGUGAGCAAGAAACCUCGUGAAGAUUCUGAAGACGACCACGAUCCCGAUUCUUCAGCUAACUACCAGAGCAGGCAGUACAGAAAGCCCAGGAUCGAAACUCCGACACACACUGGCGGUGUAAACACCAAGUACGCCGAGAAAGUACGCGACCACAAGGACCACUACAACAGGGGGGUGUACGCCAGCUCCAAGGAUUCAAAAAAGGAUCGCCGCGAAAAAGAAGGGAGAGACCGCGAAAGAGAUGAUCGUCGCGAGUCCAGCAAGUCGCACCGUUCGUCACGUCGGGACUGGGAUGACACGCCGUCCCGUUUUAAGGACCCGCCGACACCAAACAUUCGUCCCAAGGACACGCCGUCCCGGUCAAACUGGGAAGACGACGACGACACGCCUUCAAAGAGGUCAUCCUGGGAUUUACCGACACCAACCCCACGAGGCGAGACACCUUCGGACACGCGGUCGACGGGCAGGAGGUCCCGCCGCCCAACGGACACGCCGCGCGCGACGCCGGCGUACAAGUACAACUCCUGGGCGUCGGACAGACGCAGGACACAGGCGACACCUGGGAGUACAACGGAAGGGGACAAAAAAAUCCCGUGGGAGGCAGACGAAGAACUCAAGGUAGACUGGGAAGUGGAACAGCAAAGGUUGGACCGAGAGUGGUACAGCAUAGACGAAGGGUAUGACGAAACACACAAUCCUUUUUCUUCCGUGCCUGAAGAGUAUACGAAGAAGAAGGAAGAGGCACUUGAGCAGCGAAAGAUCAAAAAAGUAUCAGCUCAGCAGAGGCAGAUUAACAAGGACAAUGAAAAAUGGGAGACAAACAGAAUGCUCACCAGCGGAGUUGUCCUCAAGGUUGAUGUUAACGAAGACUUCGAAGAAGAGAACGAGGCCAGGGUGCAUGUGCUCGUGCACAACAUCGUGCCGCCGUUUCUGGACGGACGCAUAGUUUUUACAAAGCAGCCCGAGCCCGUGAUGCCAGUGAAAGAUCCCACUUCGGACAUGGCCAUCGUCUCGAGGAAAGGCAGUGCGGUCGUGAGGUUCUACCGCGAGCAGAAAGAGAGGAGAAAAGCGCAGAAGAAAGAGUGGGAACUUGCCGGAACAAACAUCGGGAAGAUUCUCGGCGUGAAAGCCAAAGAAGACGAGAGAGACGACAAAGAGGAGACGGACUACAAGACGGACCAGCGGUUUGCCGACCACAUCAAGGGCAACGAAGGUGGAUCGAGCGAGUUUGCUAAGAGGAAGAACAUCCUGCAGCAGCGACAGUACCUGCCCGCAUUUGCCGUCAGGCAAGAACUGUUGAGGGUCAUCCGCGAGAACAGCAUAGUGAUCAUUGUGGGCGAAACCGGGUCGGGAAAGACGACGCAGCUGACGCAGUACCUGCACGAGGACGGCUACAGCAAGUACGGCAUGAUCGGGUGCACGCAGCCGAGGCGUGUGGCGGCCAUGUCCGUCGCCAAGCGUGUCUCGGACGAGAUGGGGCGCAGACUGGGCGAGGAGGUUGGCUACUCGAUUCGGUUCGAGGACUGCACCUCGGACAAAACGAUAAUCAAGUACAUGACGGACGGCAUCUUGCUCCGGGAGUCCCUGAGGGAGUCGGACCUGGACAAUUACUGCGCCGUAAUCAUGGACGAGGCCCACGAACGGUCGCUCAGCACGGAAGUUCUCUUCGGUCUGUUGAGAGAGGUCGUCGCCAGGAGGCAAGACCUGAAACUGAUAGUGACGUCUGCUACCAUGGACGCCACAAAGUUUGCCAGCUUCUUCGGGAACGUGCCGGUGUUUACCAUUCCGGGACGGACUUUCCCCGUCGAGCUCUUCUACAGCAAGAACCCCGUCGAAGAUUACGUGGAUGCCGCAGUCAAACAGUCCCUGCAGAUACACCUGCAGCCAACAAUAGGAGACAUCCUGGUAUUUAUGCCCGGGCAAGAAGAUAUUGAAGUGACAUGCGACCUGAUCACGGAACGCCUCGGAGAAAUCGACAACGCUCCACAGCUGGCAAUUCUGCCAAUUUACUCUCAACUCCCGAGCGACUUACAAGCGAAGAUCUUUCAGAAGGCUCCGGAUGGUGUUCGCAAGUGCAUCGUUGCAACAAACAUUGCGGAGACGUCCCUGACGGUAGACGGAAUCUCUUUCGUUGUGGACAGCGGCUACUGCAAGCUUAAAGUCUACAACCCCAGGAUCGGUAUGGACGCGCUGCAGAUCUACCCCGUGAGCCAGGCCAACGCGAACCAGCGCUCGGGCCGUGCGGGCCGUACAGGUCCCGGAACCUGUUACCGGCUCUACACGGAGCACCAGUACAAGCAGGACCUGUUAAAGACAACCAUACCGGAAAUUCAGAGAACAAACCUGGCAAACGUUGUGCUGCUCUUGAAAUCGCUCGGCGUGCAGGACUUGCUGCAGUUCCACUUCAUGGACCCGCCUCCGCAAGACAACAUUCUGAACUCGAUGUACCAACUCUGGAUCCUGGGGGCCCUCGACAACGUCGGAAGCCUGACUCCGCUCGGCCGACACAUGGUGGAAUUUCCGCUCGACCCGCCGCUGUCGAAGAUGGUGAUCGUCUCCUGCGAUAUGGGCUGCAGCGAGGAAAUCCUCACCAUCGUGUCCAUGCUCUCCGUUCCGAGCAUCUUCUACCGCCCGAAAGGGCGCGAAGAAGACAGCGACGCCGCCCGCGAAAAGUUCCAGGUGCCCGAGAGCGACCACCUCACCUACCUCAACGUGUACAUCCAGUGGAAGACCAACCACUACUCUUCGUCCUGGUGCAACGAGCACUUCAUCCACAUCAAGUCCAUGAGGAAAGUCCGCGAAGUUCGGCAGCAACUGAAAGACAUCAUGGUCCAGCAGAAGAUGAAAGUGAUCUCCUGCGGAACCGAGUGGGACGUGGUCCGGAAGUGCAUCUGCUCCGCGUUCUUCCUGCAGGCGGCCCGACUGAAAGGGAUCGGGGAGUACAUCAACUGCAGGACAGGGAUGCCGUGCCACCUGCACCCGACGAGCGCGCUCUUCGGGAUGGGCUACACUCCGGACUACGUCGUCUACCACGAGCUGGUGAUGACGACGAAGGAGUACAUGCAGUGCGUGACGUCGGUCGACGGACACUGGCUGGCCGAACUGGGACCGAUGUUCUACAGCGUGCGGGAGGCGGGCAGGUCGCGGCACAAGACGCAGAGGGACCACGUGUCGCAGAUGGAAUCGGAGAUGUUGCUCGCGGAGCAGCAGUUGCGGAGGAGGAAGGACGAGGAGGAGCAGGCAGCGGCGUCGGUGCGCUCCUCGCGCAUCUUGACGCCGGGGUACUGCGAGGAAGGUGUCCCGGCGACGCCGCGGAGGACUCCGGCGCGGUUCGGGUUGUGAGAGAGGCGUCUCCGUUUGUCCGUCAUCUAUGUACAGUAAACACAUCAUGUAAGAUAAGUAGCGAGUAAAGAAACUGUGUGAGAAACUUU